GAGGGCUUUUAAGAACGACUGAGGGGUGGCGUGUGAGGAAGGAAAGGAGAAUCCGAUGGCAGGAAAUUUCAGAGAUCUUAGGCUUCGAUGUCGAUUUCUUUUCCACCCUCCAUCUCUCUCUCCAUUUCUUUCAAUGGGUUUCUGCGAUUUCCAACCGCAGAAGAGAUGUCUGGAAACUCUAGCAUAUGAAGAGAUUCGAGCAUCCGAGAAAGAAGAAGAAAACGUACCUUCCCAGUCAACUGCUUUAGUCCUUCAUGGGCUCUUAGGAUCUGCCAGGAAUUGGAGAUCUUUCUCCCGAAGUCUUCUUUCGAAGAUCGCAGACUCUUCCUCUUCGACUGAGUGGAAGAUGGUUCUUGUGGACUUGCGGAACCAUGGGAGAUCAGCUGAAAUUGAAGGGUUAGAUCCUCCGCAUGACAUGGUGAAUGCUGCAAGAGAUUUGGCCAAUCUAGUGAAAUUUCGAGGUUGGUCUUGGCCAGAUGUUGUAAUAGGUCAUUCAAUGGGCGGAAAAGUUGCAUUGCAAUUUGCGGAGAGCUGUGCUCGAGGAGAUUAUGGAGAAUCUGCUGCCUUGCCAAAACAGCUAUGGGUUUUGGAUUCUGUUGUUGGAGAAGUGAACCCUGAUGACAGUGAUGGUGAAGUGGAAAAGGUCUUGAAGACCCUGCAAAGUUUACCUUCUUCACUUCCGUCCAGAAAGUGGCUUGUGGACCACAUGAUGGAGCUAGGUUUUUCCAAAUCACUGUCUGAAUGGAUUGGGAGUAACCUAAAGAAGUCAGAUGGGCAUCUGACGUGGGCAUUCAAUCUUCAAGGGGCUGUUGAAAUGUUCGACUCUUACAGUGAUUUAUUUCGUAUCCAUACCUUCCUCGCCACCAACCGAUCCCGCAGAGAAUGUAUGCACCCGAAACAGCACUUUGUUGAGUCAUUUCAUCAAACACUUGGUGAGCAGUGUCAAUAUCAAAAUAACCGAGUCACCAAACUGAUUCGAUCUAAGUUGAGGUUUGAUCCGAGUCGAUUCGAGCUCAGACAAGCUCGUACUUGACUCAAAAUUUUUUCGAGCUCCAAAGACCAGCUCGGCUUGGCUAGAACUCAGUUUCGAACUGAGUCGAAUCGAGCUUUUUCGAGUUGAAUCGAGCGAGUUAACCGAGCUAACUUGGUUCAUGUACAACUCUAACUGUGAUGCUUGAUUCACACUUAGAAAUUACCUAAAAAUUGCACACUUGGCAUACAAGUCAUUCAAGUUAAAUUGUCUCAUAGUUUAGAUGCAUCAUAACCCAAAAGUUAUGUUUAUUUUAUCAUUUGACUAUGAGAUUGGUGGACAAAUAUUGGACUGUUAAGAAUGAAAAAAUCCAAUGCCAAUGGCCCUCUUUUCAAGAAACAAGUGUCCAUGGAUCAAAGUUCAAACAAUCUGAUUUUGAGAAUGUGCUUAGCAAGAGUUUAUUCCACAAUUUAAUGAGUUUAAUUUGAGUUAAUAUAAUGUGGGGGCAUUUUCACACCGGACUCGAGUGGGGUGGCCCGUGGGAUGCGGGGGCACACUCGGGGUGGGCGGCCUGCAGAACCCAUGGAUUUGCGGCUCGUGUGAGGCGGGUGGCUCAUGUGAGAUGAAACCCAUGGAUUUGGGGCCCACGAGGAGGGUUCGACCGAGGACCUAACACAUGGAUUUGGGGCCUGGGUUAUGAGAUAAAGGGAUUAAUUCGCAAUGCUUUAUCAGUUCGAGCUUUUAGAGCAAGUGGUUAAUUGUCCUGCAUCAAAUUGAUAUCAGAGCGGGAGGUCAUGUGUUCGAGACUCCUCAUCGGGGUGAUUAAUGCGGGGGCAUUUUCACAUUGGACUCGAGUGGGGUGGCCCAUGGGAUGCAAGGGCACACUCGUGGUAGGCGGCCCGUAGAACCCAUGGAUUUGGGGCCUGUGUGAGGUGGAACCUAUGGAUUUGGGGUCCACGAGGAGGGUUUGGCUGAUGACAUAACCCAUGGAUUUUGGGCCUGGGCUAUGAGAUAAAUGGAUUAAUUCGCCAUGCUCUAUCAAUUCGAGCUUUUAGAGCAAGUAGUUAAUUGUCCUGUAUCAUAAUAUAUGCCAUGUGUACAAUUUAGUGAGUUUAAAUUUUUGGGUUUUUCAAGGAGAGUAUGCCUACCUUGUUAUGUGAAUAUGAAUUGCUGCUAUUGCAUGUAUCGAUGAUACUAGGGAUUUUUACAAAGGAUGUGGGACAAAAUUUAGCUAUAUACCAUCGAUACCGCGAUAGUAUGCAAUAUCAACGAUACAUUGAUUGGUACAGUAGAAUUUUUCCAUUCCACCUAGAUUUGAUACUUGAUAAUAUUGGCCAAUAGUAUCAAUAUUCCAAACACUUUUGGGGCCCACCACAGAAAAGGUCUAGAUCACUGAACCACGGAGGUCUGCCCACCAUGGUCUGAUCACCUAACCAUGGACAUCACCGGUACAAACUGAACCAAAGGGGUACCAUGCAUACCCUCAUAUCUUGGUUCAUAUAAUACAGCUGCUGGAAUUAGGGGUCAACUGGUCAUUACUGCAAAAAUAUAAGACAAUCUAUGACGUACCACAUUCAUUACAUCCACAUCAGAUUUUCUGUUGUGGGCAUGCAGAAGUCUAAGGUAAGAAAAUGUGAAUAAAGCGUUAACCUUUUUCUCUCCAGAGAAACUUAGUGGUUUCAUUGCUAUAUGACAGAGGGAAAUCUGACAUGCUGUAAUGUUAGCAGUUCUCUUAUCAUGUAUACCUUCCUGUGACGUCAAAACCUCCCCUUUUCCCUUGCAAAUAACAGAAUUACUUGUCUUUGUUUUGCUUCUUCUGUUGCUG